UCCCCACGCAUGCUACGCUGGAGUGUUCUUCUUGGGGCCUACGAUUACGAAUUGUGCUACUGCCCUGGCAAACAGCUAGCAAAUGCUAAUGCCCUCAGUCGCUUACCACUGCCCGCUGGUAUGCGUGAGACCCCUCCACCCAUGGAGGUGCUCUUACUGAAAAUGGCGCCUGAAGCCCCACUGAAUGCAAAACACAUUGCCCCCCUUACUCGGAAGGAUCCAGUGCUGUCCCGGGUGCUGCGCUGGGUCCUGCAUGGCUGGCCAGUGGAUACACCUGACAGCUGUUUCAAGCCGUUUUUCACCUGGCGCCAUGAACUGUCCGCACACAAGGACUGCCUAUUAUGGGGGAGUCAUGUAAUUAUUCCCAACCUGGCGAGGGAGGAGGUACUCGCCAUGCUGCAUGAUGUGCAUAUGAAGGGCCUGGGGAGGAGUUAUGCCUGGUCUCCAGGUAUGGAUUUAGCAAUAGAACAGACAGUAAAAUCCUGUGAAACCUGCCAGAGAACUCGUCAUGCACCACCAACAGCACAGCUGCACCCUUGGGAGUGGACAACUAAGAAAUGGUCCCGGCUACACGUUGACUUUGCUGGUCCAUUCCAGGGGAAGACAUUUCUCAUAAUUGUGGACUCACACUCUAAGUGGUUAGAGGUUGCCAUGGUGAGUUCAAUGUCCUCCUCUGCAGUGAUCAGCACACUGAGGCUCCUCUUUUUAACUCACGGGUUGCCAGAUGUCAUUGUUUCUGACAACGGUGCGGCCUUCACAUCGGAAGAAUUCAAAGAGUUUGCCAGACGGAAUGGCAUCAGAGCAGUGACUACGGCCCCUUACCAUCCUUGUUCAAAUGGCCAAGCAGAACGUAUGGUCCAGACAACCAAGGAAGCCCUGUCUAGGAUCACUAUCGGUGAC